AUGAGUGAGAAAAAUAAAUUAAAAGAUGUUGAAAAGAAAGAUGAUUGCAGUUGCUACGCGGCGUCUCGCAAUAAGAAGGCAUGCCCGCCUCUCCGUAACAUAACACAUCCGCUGCGAUACUAUGAAUUUACGCAGGAUGAAAUCAGAGCCUUAGAAGAGUGCGACAAAGAAAGUUUUUAUCGUCGCUGCCUGCCCUUUAGCACAUUACUCGGUACCGCCACAUAUGCUGCCGUCAAAAACGGGUAUUUGAAGAGGAACCCCAAUUUCGGUGUGGUACCGAAAGUAUUAACGGCGGCUCUAGUUGGCCACGUGUUGGGGAGAGUCGCCUACUCGCCAUAUUGUGAUCAGCGCUUACGCAAGCUGCCAGCUAAUAGCAAACUAGGUGAAUUGAUGCGCCAAUAUCACAAACAAAAUGAGUGUCCUAAUCAACAAAAACAAAAACGCUGA